CCCUUGCGCCGCGAUAACAGGCAUGACACGCUACGGUAAAUGUCCGUGUGUAGGCGAGUCACGUGUGGAGAGUCCGUUGAUCUCGUUUCGUGUAAGCAGUGAAUCUCUCCUGUUUGUUCAUUUGAUUUGGGCCCCAUUUCAUGUUGUUUUCAAAACAACAUUUCGUGUAAAUUCUUCUAUCUUCGCCGAAGAAUGAGCGACAACGAUGAUAUCGAGGUCGAUAGUGAUGAAGAAUCACCGAGAUUUCACUCUGUGGCAGACAAACGGGCACAUCACAAUGCGCUGGAGCGCAAACGUAGGGACCACAUCAAAGACAGCUUUCACAGCCUUCGGGAUUCCGUUCCCGCCUUGCAAGGGGAAAAGCAAUCUAUCAAACAGGCAUCCCGAGCUCAAAUCCUAGACAAAGCCACAGAGUACAUCCAGUACAUGCGACGGAAAAACCACACACACCAGCAGGACAUCGACGACCUGAAGAGGCAGAACGCUCUGCUGGAGCAACAAGUACGGGCACUGGAGAAAGUCAAGGGGACCACACAGCUGCAGGCCAACUACUCCUCUUCAGACAGCAGCCUGUACACCAACCCCAAGGGCAGCGCUGUAUCGGCCUUCGACGGUGGUUCCGACUCGAGCUCGGAGUCUGAGCCGGAGGAACAGCGUUCCCGGAAGAAGCCCCGUGGGGAGGACAGCUAAACAGCGGAUCCUCGGCCUGCUCCACGAAGUUCUCCUCUGAGGGGAGGGAGAGUUACAGCAAUGGUCUGUUUCUAAUUGUUUUUUGUGUACCUCAAUCGCCCCAAACCACCUUGAUCAAUCUCUUUCAGUGAAUGUCAACCCUCGUUUCCACUUCUGAAGAACCAUCCGCCAGGUUUACAAGAGAGAGGGACGCCUGUUACGGGAAGAACACUCACGGAAAACGGCUUGUUUUUACUCUCCCUCCCUCUCCGACUGUUCGUCCAUCUUGCGUCCUGGCACACGCAACAACAAACGAUGAUUUGAACCCAAAAUGAGGCAGCUUUGCAACUUAAGGACUUGAUGCUUUUUUUUUUUCUUCUUUUUUUUUUGUACCCUUGUCUGCAAUCCCUCCAGGUGGAUAUCCAAAGGGUUGAAUGAGGCGUACAGCUCCUAGCACUGCUAAAAUAUACUUUUUUGUUGAAUAUCUUAAAGCCUGCUUAGAACUUACCCUUAGCUGAAUUGUCCUGAGUGGUUUGCCUUUCUAAAUAUUUGUUACUUUUCCAUAAAGGAAUGUUUUUGAAGCAUCUAUCAAUGUACCCCUUGUUAGACCUAUGGGAUGAGUGAUACGUUUUUACGUUAUCGAUAAAAUCCCUUAUUUAAAAAACAAAAAACAAAAAAACAAACAAAAAAAUGCUUUAUGGGAAGGCUGCUGAGCUUGUGUUGUAUUUGUUGUUUUAGCCUGAUGUAGUAAAGUUUACAGGUUGGGGAAAAAGAGAUUUUCAUUUAAAACAAGGGGGAUAAAAAAUAAGUGGGAUAGCAUAUAUUUUGCAUCUGUCAUCUGAGCCUCCCAAACAUGUAUUUUAUGUAUUUCACUCCAUAUUGGGAAUAUAAACGUUCCAAAUGAUGUUUCCCCCCACAAAGCUAGUCGAUAUUGAAAGAGUAGAUACAUGUCGUGACUUUUAAAGGUAAAUGUUCUAAAUGUUCAUCGGAAAUUUGACCGCUGCACACCACAAAAGUUGCAUUUUGAGUGUCUAGGAGACAUGAGUGUAUGCGUGCGCGUGUAUCUUUUACCAUAUUUUCCACUUAGUACAUUAGUAAACUGAGUAGGUCUUUCUUUGUCUGAUUCCAUUCCAUGGAAAUUACAGGUAUGUUGUACAUACUGCCAACAGUUGUCUUGCAAGUUGAGGCCUACCUUUACAAUGAGAAUAUAAAUAAAACUAUUUUAUCCUUUA